GAACAAGAGUAACACUUGUUUUAUCAUUAUCCCAGAACUAUUUAUUUCAUCUUCUUGACAACUUUGUAAUUUUGUACUUUCCCGCCAAACAUAAAUCUCUUCCAGCCAAUACCAGGCAGCCAUAUGGACAUGAGUUUGUCUGUAGACUUUUUAUUGGUUCACGUCCUGUGACACUUAUCGUGUAGUUUUUCUGGUGAAUUCAAUUUCUCCCAUCAUCUACCAAAAACACCGAGCCGGUAUUUGUAAUAUUUUUUGCUUGAUGAACUAAAAUUUAAAAACAGGGCUGCAAAAUGAAGCAGUUUUUAUUAUUAACUAUUGGUUUAUUUGUCUUAAUUGGUACUGUAAGGGGCGAUGAAAUCGGAGAACCAUCUGUAGAAACCAUAGAUUUAGAUAUUGGAGCUAGCAGAGAAGGAUCUCGAACAGAUGAUGAAGUCGUUAAAAGAGAAGAAGAGGCAAUCAAAUUGGAUGGACUCAAUGUUGCCCAACUUAAGGAGUUACGAGAAAAGUCUGAAAAAUUUGCUUUUCAGACUGAAGUCAACAGAAUGAUGAAGUUAAUUAUCAAUUCUUUAUAUAGAAACAAAGAAAUUUUCCUUAGAGAGUUGAUUUCCAAUGCUUCUGAUGCAUUGGACAAAAUUAGAAUGCUGUCAUUAACAGAGAAGAGUGUACUGGAUAGCCAACCAGAGAUGAAUAUUCGAAUAAAAGCAGAUAAAGAAUCUGGCAUGUUGCACAUAACAGACACUGGUAUAGGAAUGACUAAACAAGAUCUCGUUAAUAAUUUAGGAACUAUUGCCAAAUCUGGUACAGCAGAAUUUUUAAGUAAAAUGCAAAAUGCUGAUACUUCACAAGAUAUGAAUGACAUGAUCGGCCAGUUUGGUGUUGGAUUUUACUCGGCGUUCUUGGUUGCUGAUAGAGUUAUCGUCAGCAGUAAACAUAAUGAAGACAAACAAUACAUUUGGGAAUCGGAUUCAGCAUCCUUCAGCAUCGUAGAUGAUCCAAGAGGAGACACUUUAAAAAGGGGAACAACUGUAAGUUUGGAACUGAAACCAGAAGCCAGAGAUUUCUUGGACCACGAGACCGUCCGAAAUCUUGUUAAAAAGUAUUCCCAAUUCAUCAAUUUCCCAAUUUACUUAUGGACUAGUCACACUGAAACAGUUGAAGAACCUCUAGAUGACGAUGCUUCUGAAGAAACAUCUCCGUCUGCCGAUGAAGAUGAUGCGGCAGUAGAAGAAGAAAAAGAAGAAGAUAAACCUAAGACUAAAAAAGUGGAGAAGACCGUUUGGGAUUGGGAGUUGUUGAAUGACAGCAAACCGAUUUGGACCAGAAAACCAACUGAGGUUGAGGAUGCAGAAUAUAAUGAAUUUUAUCAGGCAUUGACCAAAGACACCAAAGAUCCACUUACCAAAAUUCAUUUCGUUGCUGAAGGAGAAGUUACAUUCAAAGCUUUGUUAUAUAUUCCUACUGUGCAACCAUCAGAAAGCUUUAAUAGGUAUGGAACUAAAACCGACAAUAUUAAAUUGUACGUCCGUCGUGUAUUUAUCACUGAUGAAUUCAACGAUAUGAUGCCAUCUUACCUUAGUUUUGUUAGAGGGAUCGUAGAUUCUGAUGAUUUACCAUUGAAUGUAUCUCGGGAGACGCUACAACAACACAAAUUAAUCAAGGUAAUUAAGAAAAAAUUGAUUCGGAAAGUACUUGAUAUGUUGAAAAAACUUCCCGAUGACGAAUAUGACAAAUUCUGGAAGGAAUUUUCUACCAACAUUAAACUGGGAGCUAUCGAAGACCCUGCCAAUCGCACAAGGCUUGCCAAAUUGUUGAAAUUCUUGUCAUCCAACGGAAGCGGUUUAACCAACUUGUCGGAUUACGUAAAGAGAAUGAAACCAAAGCAAGACAAAAUAUUCUAUAUUGCCGGGUCAUCCAAAGACGAAGUUUCAAAGUCACCCUUCGUUGAAAGGUUAUUACGUAAAGGUUACGAAGUAUUGUUCUUGGUUGAAGCUGUUGAUGAAUAUGCAAUCUCUGCAAUUCCCGAAUUCGAAGGCAAGAAGUUCCAGAAUGUAGCUAAAGAAGGUUUCAGUCUAACCGAAACCGAAGGAGGUAAAGAACAAUUGGAACAAUUAAAGAAAACGUUCGAACCUCUCACCAAAUGGUUAGCCGAUGAUGCAUUGAAGAAUGAAGUUGCAAAGGCAACCGUUUCCGAAAGAUUGUCUGACUCACCUUGCGCUUUGGUUGCUAGUCUGUUCGGCUGGACCGGAAAUAUGGAAAGGUUGGCUUUAUCCAACGCUCAUCAAAAAUCUGACGAUCCACAACGUACUUACUACCUUAACCAGAAGAAAACUUUGGAAAUUAAUCCGAGACAUCCUUUGAUGAAAGAACUUCUUAAACGAGUACUUGAUGAUUCCAGUGACCCAACAGCGAAAGAUAUGGCCAAGAUGAUGUUCAGAACGGCCACGUUGAGAUCUGGAUAUAUGCUCCAGGAAACCUUAGAUUUCGCUGACUCUAUUGAAGCGAUGAUGAGGAAAACACUUGGAGUGCCAUUAGACGAACAAAUUGAAGAAGAAGAAGAUUUACCCGAAGACGGUAUUUCGGAAGAAGAGCAAAUAGAUGCAGAUGCUGACUCCAAAGAUGAGGACCACGAUGAACUUUAAGUGUCUUGUUUGUUUGAGUGUGUGAAGUGCAAGUGUUAAGUACAAUAAUUGUACGAUCUGAAAAGACUGUAAUUACAAUUCCUUUGUAUUUUUGUUUUACAUUAUAAAUAAUUAUUUAUUGUAAUGUGUU